UUCAAAAGCAAAAGUUUAAAAAAGCUAAACAUCACAAAAAUUGAGAAGUAUAUAUUCAUUGUAAGUGAUCACCUUCAAACAAAAAUAAAAGAGGUAAAAGCUAUAUAAUUGUUAAGCUCAAGAUAAACUAAUUGAAUACUAUAAGCAACAAAAACAAGUUUUGGAGAUCCAUAGAAGGGAAACAACAUGAGCAGAAACACCAACAAUUUCCCUCAAGCUCCUCUUCAUUGGGGUUUUGGACAGGAUUAUGAAGCCAACUACAAUCCUAGCUCUAACGACUCAAAUUAUAUGCAACCCUGGUAUUCGACAUCACAAUCCUUUCUAGUCACACCGGAUGGCAGAGGAGGCGGUCAUGGUACAUUGCAGACAAACGAGGAUAGGAGGUUUCAAACUCCUUUGGGGGUAACCAGUAUCCCAACACCUUCACACACCCCAUUUCUCAUUGUCUUUGAUAAUGGAGUGGUAACGGAGGCACCUUACAGGCGUAGACAGAACGUACCUGAUCCGCCUCCAAGAACAAUAGACCACAGGGACACACCGAUCCAUAGACGCUUAGACAGCUCGAGAUCGAACCAAAUUCAGCAACAGAAAGUCCUUGAAAAGCUCAAGCGAACAAUCUACAAUCCUUUACAAAGGAGAUUCACAAAGAGGAUCAACUUGUACUACAGAGACAUACCUGUCAAUGAGAAGGAAAUCAACGGCCAGGAAGAGGGUAAGAGGUGUGCCAUUUGCUUGGAAGACUUCGAGCCAAAACAAGAAGUGAUGCUUACUCCAUGCAACCACAUUUUUCACGAAGAGUGCAUUGUUCCUUGGGUGACAAGCAAUCCUCAGUGUCCGGUAUGUAGGUUUGGUCUCGGCGACAAGAUGAGGGAACGACAGAGUGCCACUACAAAUAUAGGAUUCAAUCAUGCGACAACCACUGAGGAGCUUAUUUCGAUAAUAAGGGCCAUGGAAGGAACGGCUUUCUAUAUAUAAGGAAGGUUGUGGAGAUUGCUUUCUUCUUCCUGCAAUGGCAGAGCGUCGGUGGUUUGUUUGGUUAACGAGAAAGAUUGUAAAAAAAUAAUAAGCUAGACAUGAGAAAGCUAGCCUAUAAAUUACCAAAUUGUGUUGAACGAAGUACCUAUAUUUAUCAAACACUAUAUAUAUAUAUAUAUACAUAUAUAUACACUUACAGAUUGGAAUAAUGGAUCUAAAUGAAGGCUUUCUUUGUUCU